AUGAAGGUGAUCCAGCAGAAAAACGUGUACUUCAUAGACCUGAGUAAGAGGAUAUACAGAGGAUUUGUGGAGACUACAAUCAAUAGACAUGGUGGAGAAAACAGUAUCGUCUAUAAAUCAAGGAGGUUGAGUAUACAGAGCGUAGAGAUAAUCGCAGGGUCAAAGCAUGUGGAUGUGCCAUAUAAAACAAACAACGUAUGCAAAGCAAUAGAUCAACAUGAGGCACUGUUUUCAAAAAGUAUGUGGAGGGAUGUCUGCUCAGAAUGCACUUUUACUGUAGAUGUGCCUGAGGAGAUGAUAGAAGAAGAGAUAGUGGUAAGGAUCACGUAUGGCAUGGAUGCCGACAAUGACUCAAUUGAGUUCUACAAGCCUGUAUGUGCUGAUGACAAGCACAUGGAGGUUGUUGCAACAAAUAGGCUGUUUGAUUCGUCUUCAAUAUUUCCAUCCGUUCAAACAUCUUUGAGAUAUAAAUGGGAGCUUGUUUAUAUUAUUCCAACGAAUGAGGAUGUAAGGGUUAUUUCACCAGGUACUUUCAGGAGCAUGAGUGAGGAGGCAGAAAUCAAUCUGUAUUCGUAUGUAGUUGAUAUGGCCCACAGUGGGCAUUUGAACUUUUGUGUUGGGACGUUUGGCUCUCAUGAGAUACUAAUUGGAGAUGAUAAGAAGAUGGUUUAUGUUCCAAAGGGAAUGUCGAACUACAAAGAGUCGGUGAAGGAGUUCUGUGCGGAUCUUGAGAGUCUGAUAAAAUACACUGAGUAUUUCUUACAAAGAGAUUAUCCUUUCCGAGCACUUGAAGUUGCCUUUGUAUAUGGAGAUGCAAAUAAGGUCUAUGGCCAAGGUACGUCAUUUCUGAGCAUAUCGAGUCUUACACCAUCAAACGACAUUGAACCAGCUUUUAUGCUCAAAAGGAUAGUUGGGGAUAUCAUAAGCUCUCAGGUAUUCUACUUCUAUUUUUCUGUUGUCGAUAAGGUUGAUUUCUGGAUUUCUGAGGGAAUGAAGGGAUAUUUCAGUGAUUAUUGUGCAAGGCACUUUCUUGGCAAUAGCGAGUUUAUUUAUGAGCUGAAGAAAGAUCGUGAUUAUGUGUUUGAAAAUGACAUUUCUGAGUAUGCGCUUUUUGACAAAAGAAGGACGCUUACUUCGAUGACAGAUAAGUUUUUCAAGACCAAGUCGAAGGUCUUUUUCCAUCUUUUGGAGGGGAAUCUGAGCAAGGCAUUUAUGGAAAAGAUCCUGAACUACACUCUUAAGAAAAAAGACGAUGUUAAUGCAGAAUACACACAUGAAUUUGUGAAACUUGUAAAAGAUGUAACGGGCAAGGAUCUAAAGUUUCUAUUUGAUGCUUAUGUGUUUAGGCCUGGAGCAGUGAAGGUGAAGGUUAGAUUCAGUGUAAAUAAGAAAAACAACAGGGUUGACUUUUCUGUUGAGCAAGCAGCAACAAGCAUCUUGGUGAAUGGCAAUAGGUGUGUUAGCGGACCGAUGAUGAUAUGCAGCUAUGAGAUGGAGGGAGUGUUUGAGCAUAUUUUUACAUUGGACAAGGACAAUCACUUUUACUAUCAUCCACGAACCAAGAAGAAGAAGAAACCCGAGGAGGAAGAAGAAGUCAUGCCACUUCUGUGGAUUCGAGCAGAUCCAAAAGGAGAGCAUCUGGCAAAAGUGAUUGUGGAGCAGCCUGACUAUAUGUUUAUAGAACAACUUCUUGACAAGAAUGUGAUUGGACAGAUGGAAGCGCUUGAGAACUUGUCUGUAAGGCCAUCUACGCAGAUAUGCGAGAUACUGGAAAGGGUUCUCGAGAACACGCAUGUUUUUUACAAGGUCAGGAUUGACAUAUUGUAUAUCUUGUGUAGGACGAUAUCUGGGGAUCAUUAUGGAUUUCAACGGCUUAUACAAUAUUUUGUCAAGAAGUACUGUGUUCAGACAUCGACGAUAGUCAAGCCAAAUGAUUUUUCGUUUAUUUCAUAUUUUGUACAGAAACAUCUUGUGAAUGCAUUAUCGCUAACAGAUCCUUUUGUAUUCCGAGAGUACUCAGGAAGGACUGUGGGAUCAGCGAGCAUUGUCUGUGCGUUUAUAAUUAACAUACUGAAGUUUAACGACAACUCGUUUAAUUCCUACAGCGAUAGCUGGUAUAUUUCUUCAGCAAUUGAAGGUCUGAGUCUUUCGCUUUGCUCAAUGAGCUAUGAAGAAUUUUACUCGAGGGCAGGAUAUAAUGCAGGAUUACAAAAGGUGGGGAAAGAGAGAAGGAACAAAAUGAAGGAUGAGAUAAACGAGCUGUUUCUAGAUGAAAUGUCUGUAGUAAACAAUCAAGAAUCAGAGAUGACCAAUAGAUUACAGAGUAAUAGGAGCUCGAAUAAAGUAAACGAAAAUAAAGAUUCCGAGGCAAUUGAGCAUGGCCGUAAUGCAUUGAACCUUAAUAAUAAACAUGGUAAUAAGCAUACAGAAUUAUCUGGUACUGUGAGGAAUGCUGAUAAUAGGUCUAGAGAUGAAGAGGUUUCUGGCAAUUCUGAUCCUAAGGACGAUUUAGAUUAUUUAAAAGCAUCUAUAUCUGAAAUAGAAAGAUUCCGCAUUCUUGACAUGGUGUUUCCAUCGCAUUGCAAUCUAGUUACACAGGCCUGUGUAUAUGCUCUAGGCAGACUUUCUGUAUUUGGAGUGAUAAGUUUGAAGAAGGAAACCUUAAUGGAUCUUUGCAAGUAUCCUAACUUUAUAGGAGUUAGAAUAGCAGCAUUUGAAGUUUUGGUGUCGUUAUUUCAUGAUGAUCAAGAUGUGAUUGAAAUGGUUUUGGAGGAUAUCAGGAAUGGAACAUUUACGAUUAAGAACACAUUACUGGAUUUAUUAGUUAAUUUUGGACUUUCUUCAAGGAUGGGAUUGAAAAAUAUAUUGAAAAUGAAGAGAAAACAGAUAUUUGAGCUGAUUAAGAUUAACAAUGGAAAUACAAAAGUUAUUGAAAAACUAUGCAGUCUUGUGUAUAUUAUAGAAGACAUGGAUAUGAGUGAGGAGAGAUAUAAAGAGCUUUAUAAAGAGUUUUAUGAGAAGACAUUGGCUAUUGGGAUUCCUACGGUUACUGUUGAUAUAGAAAGUGAAAAGAAGAAGAGAGGGUAUAUAAGCAUAAGAUUGAAUAAUAUGGAUGAAAUCAAGAGAAUCCUAUUAGAAACGCAAUACAUCAUUAAGCUUCCAUUUGUAAAGGAGAAGAUUGAUGUAGAUGCAAAGAUACAUACCAAAAAAGAACAGAAAAAACGCAGUGAAUUAAAUGUAAGUUCGAAAAGAAGCAAAAAGAACAUCCAAUUCAAAAACACAGAAGCAGUUGAUGUGAAUAAGUAUUCAGAUGGAUAUGACAAGAAUAGUUGUGCAGAAGUCAAGAGCUUAGAAAAUAUAGUUGAGGCAGGCGCUAAUAUUAAGAUAAAAAUUCCUACAGGUUUAAAAAUCAAGGUUAAAAUACCUAAGGAAUAA